GAUGAACCUAAACGAGCGCAUCAUCAGCACGCAACUGUUUGCCCAGACGAUCGACGAGACGGCCACCACCACCACCUCGGUCGGUAGCAGUGUGGGGUUGAGUGUCGGCUUCGCCCCAUUCGUUACUGCGGCAACCGUUGGACUGGCCAGCACUAGUACGACACCGGCGACCACCGUGGUAGAGGAACCUGCCAACCGUGAUACCGGCAACCCGUCGUCGUCCGUACUCGCGAAACAGAAUCCUGACGUUAUACUAUUGACAUCACCGCACCGGUUACAUCCACACCAUGGGAACAGUGUGGCUGCUGGUGCCCUGCUACCCCAUCAAACCGUUGUUGGUACAGCGAAAAACACCAACAAAUCCACCGGGAAAAGCCGUAGCCUAAGUACCGGUUCGUACAUUACCAAGGAAUCUAGCGUGCACUCGAGCGCGGAACGACUAUCCAAGUCCAACAGCAACACCGAAGUGAACGUAAAUCAUCAGAGCAACACGCCACCAGUGAUUGCGAGUGGGAGCGUUAUGCCACAAAACAAAUCAUUGGAAGAAGGACGAUCAAUGAUAACAGCCAAAUCCUCACCGCCAGUUCGUAAGCCGAUACUGCGUAAAUCGAAGAAGAUCGUCCGGACGGACUCGGAGUUCCUCAAAGGGAAUAUCUACGAAAAGGAAUCGAGUGUGUCGAGCUCCCAGUAUACGCCGACGCGUGAUCGACGCCGGGAGCAGUUUGCCGAUUACCGGAGUAGUAAUCCUUCGUCCGAAACGCAUAAAUCGACCGAUGAAAGCUCGAAGAACAUCUCGACCGAUGAGAUCGAUACGGUGUUCUCGGACACGAUGGAUCUGGAGCAGCUGGAACAGGACUAUCGGAUGCAGCUCAAGAACAACAACCUACAACGGGAGUACAAGAGUGACAGUGACACGCUCGAUGAGGUAGGGAAGAAGCGACCUCCGGACUAUUGGAAGAAUCAAAGUUACGAGAACACGUUCGACGUGUACGCUAAAGAGACGGCGGAUUUGGCGGCCAACGGUAGAAGUAAAGACCCGGCAGUGGAUACAGAACGGAUAGAACCGACAUCACCCAGAGUUGAUACCGUAAGUGCGGUAGCGCCGAGUGUUCCUUCCACCGCUGUUAAGAAGGAUAGACCAACGGAACUAGAACUCGGCUCAACGUCCGAUGGAGGAAGCAAAUCGACCACUGCCGAUGGCCCCUUUGGUCAUCUGUUCGAGAAAAACCUAGGCCGCUUUAAGCGCAUGAACAAAUUGCUCAAAUGCAAACGCUUCAGCACGUCCGCACUGUACGAACGGAAGGCAGCGAGUAGCGCCGGCGAUAACGGAACAACCAAUCGAAAGACCACUACCUUCUCGUCGCCUACGAAGAGCUCCUCGAAUCCAACUCGAUCACCGGUCAAAUCGAUCCUCUCACAGUCGAAGGCUUCGAUCAGCUCAUCGAAAUCUUCGCUCUUCGGCAACAAAAAGCCCGGUUCCGGGUUCACCUUCAAGGGCAAGAAAUUUCUCUUCACCGGUAAAACCUCACCCAACAAGUCCAAAUCGAAUAACGAGAUCAGCUACUACCGCACCAAGUCGACGAAGAACUCGAAGAAGGGUUCGUUGAAGAACAACAGUACGGCCUGCUUGAAUCUUGAAACGACGUGUACCUCUCCACUCUCCGAAGCCUUCUACAACACGACCGGCAGCGUACGCCUGAGUGCCAUGGAGCUGUACGAGAAGUUUUGCUCGCAGGACUUUAGCGGUCUGUACAAACACGAAACCGUGCGUACGGAUACGGACGGUAGUGGUACAGACUCGAGCCACUACGAAGGCUCCCAUCGACAGCUGGGUGCGAUUCGGAAGUAUCGAAGGAAAAACUUUAAGCUGCUUCGACAGAAAAGUGAACCCAAGUUCUCCUUUCGCACCGAUACGUUGUAUGAGGAUAGCUACGAUGGUAUAUGCUAUCACGAUGAGAAAGAUGAGGAAGAGCAGUACACCGGCGAGGACUACAAUCAGUUCCUGUACGACGAGCAGUACUACGAGGAAGACAUUGAGCAUUACAGCAUCGAGAACAUUUACUAUCAGCGCAACGCGUUGAUAGCGCUGCCGGAUGGAAGGUACGUCCAGCGAUUCCCGUACCGCAUGGAGGAUGACGGUGAACCGGACGAGGGUGACGAGGAAGGGGAUGAGGAGGAAGAGGAAGAGGAGGAAGAAGAAGGAGAAGAAGAACUGGAAGAAGAGGAAGAAGAGGAAGAGGAGCUAGGCGAGGAGGAAGAGGAUGUCUAUCAAGGUGAGGACGACGAGGAUGAGCACGAGUUCGACGAGGAAGACGAAGACAACUUGGAUGAGGACGGUAACGAGCUGCCUGAUCGAGGGCGAACGAACCGGUUACAAUUGCCGGCACCGAUCGAGAUGACUACCUCGAUGGAUUCCGAUUGUGACGAGAUCUAUCUAAUGCCACAGAACACCUCCGAAAGUAAGAAGCUGAUCAUCCAGGACUUCCUGUUCCAUCACAGCAAUAACGAGUACGACACUUGCAUCAGUGGCGAUGAUUACGAUAUUGCCGAGGUGGACGAAGAGGCCGAAGAGGAGGAUGACGUUGCCGGCGCAUUCGAACGACAAAAGGAUACAUCGCUGGAGCUAGAGGAGGACUUCAAGCUUGCGCGAUACAUUGGUCCGGACAAGGAAACGCUGACUAUCUAUAAGAUCGGUUCGAAGGAGAGCAUCCUCGACUCCAUCAAGAGUGCAACCCCGGAAAAGGAUGUCACCUCAAUACCUCACAGUGUGUCGAUGGAGCAGUACUUCCUGAAAUCGGACUGUGUGACAACGCUGGAACGGGCCGCGUCACUCGAUUUGUUGAGCAACUCUAGCGGGACGCUCAACAAGUCAACCCUUACGGAUUAUGCAUUCGAUACGGUGCGGAACAUCAAUCUGGACAGCUGUAGUACCUCACGCUUAAGUCUUUCACUCAAAAGUGAAAUAUUCGAGGAAACGGCCAAUGGAAGCUCGGGCGGUGGCACAUCCAUUGCCGUGGAUCUACCAUCGUCGGCCGGUGUCGUAGAAUCGGGAACCGAAACCGGUACGGAUGUUCCGCGUAUUAAAAGCUGGAACAUUGAAGAUUUUACACUUACACCAGAGGAAUCGUUUUCCGAUGAGCAGCUACCGUUGGAUGGCGCCGUGGUGGCUGAGCUUGUCGGAGAUCCGUCCACUUCCGUCACCCCCAGUAAUGAGGAUAUUGUGCGGAUCUCCGAGUUGCUGCAAGACCGCCUAGAUCAACGUCGCCUAUCGUCACCCACGGAACAGACUACCUUGCCACCGGUACAAUCCCUUCGGCAGGACAAUCUCGAAAGUGAAGUGAACGCCUCGAAUGCCGAGUACACGAUAGUGGAUCUGGACGAGGAACCUUAUCUACACGAUCCGACGAUAUCGGAGUUUACCUCCGAGAUAACGAAAGAGUUUGAUCUGCUGUUUUCACGAGCCGAAACGGAAUCGCUCGCAGCAGCUACCGUUGGGACCAGUGAGCCUAGUCCAAUCGUUGAGCCAGCAACAGUUCCACCGAAAUCCGACGGUCCUCCUGCACAGCUCGGUGACGUGCUGAAGCUACUGAGCGAUCUACCGACACGCUACUCGAUGCAGAUGCUCGACCAUAUCAAUCUGGAUAUGGACGACAUUCACAUCAAGUCGGCGACUGGUGACGAAGGGCUAGACGAUCGACCUACCCCGGUUGCGGCCCGGAGCGAUCCGGCACCCCCACCUCCAUUCUCGAAUCCAUCCAGAGCCACACAACCGCCAGCUAGUGCCAAACCGCCGUCGCUCCGCCAUUCUGCCGCUAGUGGACGAUCCGCUUCCGCUAAGGCAAAGUCAUCAUCGCGUUCGUCCGGUCGUGAGCCGAAAACGGCCGCCACUACGCCGACAACCAUCGGCGGCGACACCAGCUUGCAGAUCGCAGCGGUAACGGCCGAUUCGGCCAGUAGUGGUUCGGUAUCGAUGGUACCUGCUAGUAGCCGCGACCGGCUCAAGAAGGCACGUAGCCAAUCGUUAGGUAAUUUGAGAAACAAAACCAAAUGUUUUCCAUUAUAGAAGUUAAGUAACACUGUAACAAUAACCGUAACACUACUGCACUGGGGACUACCCGCAGUGGUGUAGCGUAGCGAGUACGUAGGCUAGAUGUUUACGGGGCAGCGUGAGCGCGUGAGGUUACAGCCAAGGUUCAUCCGCACGGCAGAGCACGGAGAGGCCAGGAAUCGGAGCGAUCGGUGAUGUACUCGUACCCUUCCUACCUUCUCCGUUCUCUCCCUCUGUCGAUGCGUUUCAUCCAAUGUAUUUGGAUCACCGGUAGGUAGGUGUUGGUGUGUCAGAAGCGAUGCACAGGCACGCGUGGUGCGACUGUUUUUCCCUGCUGAGAUUUUUUAUACGAUUCGCUGUUCGUAGGACGAUCAACCUGUUGUAGUUUUGUAAGAACUCCACUCAUCCCGGAUCCCACUCCGACUUCAUCAAACAUCCGUACUCUAUCUCACACAAUCACACACACACACACACACACAUUAUCUAGCCUUAAGCUCUAGUAAAGUAAAAUCGAAAUGGUAUCUAGCGUUAAAAGAGUGGGAGGUAGCUCAACUCUUCGGGGGUAGCUGCUAAACUAAAGUCCCAUUUACUAUUGACCCGACUCCUUCUACUAGUUUCACACCGCAAUGGUGAAUGCCGUCGCUUUGCCACGGAGGCAACAACUCACUUUGUACUGAUAUUAUGUCUGCCGUCUGUAUGGACAAAUUGGUUUAAUUUGUGGGACACAGUUACUUACUUAGUUCCGAUUUUAAGUUUUGGAAGAUGAGAUGGCUAUGAGACAAGACAAGGUAAUGGGUUGAAAAAAAUCAAAGAACAAUCAAAACAAGCGAAGGAACAUGCGGAUAAAGCCGUAGUGUGACAAACGGUUCUGAUAAUGUUUCGAUUCCAAUGGGACCACGUGUAGUCGGGGAAGGAUGUUGUGUUGUAAUACGAAAAGAUUUCUGGUAAAAAC